AGUAGUAGUAGUAGUAGUAGUAGUUGCAUUACUCUCAUCAGUCCCAGCAUGCCCUCACCACACCCGCAGAUGUGAGGAUGCGAUUCCAAGGCGCCCCGGCCGCCAACAAGAGCGUGGUGGUCGAGAACAGCCUGUACGAGACUUUCGAGGACACCCGCAGGACAGAGGUGGUCGAGAACAGCCUGUACGAGACCUUGGACAACACCCGCGGGACUGAGGUGGUCGAGAACAGCCUGUACGAGACCUUGGACAACACCCGCGGGACUGAGGUGGUCGAGAACAGCCUGUACGAGGCCUUGGACAACACCCGCGGGACUGAGGUGGUCGAGAACAGCCUGUACGAGACCUUGGACAACACCCGCGGGACUGAGGUGGUCGAGAACAGCCUUUACGAGACCUUGGACAACACCCGCGGGACUGAGGUGGUCGAGAACAGCCUGUACGAGACCUUUGAAAACGUGAGGAAGCCGCGGUAAUGGAGAAGGAAAUGUAAGAGGAGGAAGAAGAUGAGAAGCAAGCGUGAAAGCAUGGGAGGGCAGGCAACAAAAAGCCUGUUAGUUCAUCACGAGGCUGCCUGCUGUAGCGACAGUGUUAAUCAGCUCGUCAGCCACUUGAGUGACCUGCGCCACAGACUAAAGCACUUUUGUACGCACGCGCGAGCACUUUGAGCUCGCCCCUGACGCAGCAAAAUGACGACCAGUGCGAUCUUGGAAGGAAAUUAUCGCUUUCGAGCAAACUACUUCUGCAGUAAGGCUGUUCCAGUGGCGGACGGGUCUUUCAGAAAUAACUCCUACCUAUAUCUGUGGGGUGGGCGAGGCGAGGCACCCCCGGUGUAUGCCCCCAUUGAUUGGCAGAUUGCUGCAUCGUUUGAAGGAAGGGAAGGAGGAGGACGAAGGAGAAAAGGAAAAAGU